ACAUGUAUUACAUUUAUACAUAGUUGAUAGUUGUUCAAAGAGCGAGUUCAUAGUGCAAUGACAAUACAAAUUCAUCCAAAAAAGUUUAAAGAAUCAAGCGAAUUAUAUUUUCGAAAAUAACAAUCUUGUUGAUAAGUGAUAACGUUAUCUAUUUUUUAUCACAAUUCAGUCAAUAUAAUCAUUAUACGUAUUGUAUAAUUGUUAAUGAGCACAGUGUUAUUAUAAUUUAAGGAAAUAAUUAUACGGUUAACAUAACAAAAUGGCACUAUCGAAACCAAUUAUGAAUUUGUUGGCGUCAUAUUUACAGAACUUGUAUAUUCAUCCAAUUAAAACGAAAGCUAUAACCAGCUGUGUUGUUGGUUCAGCUGGUAGCAUUGCAUCUCAGCUGGUAGCUGGACAGUCAUUGAGAUGGGACCCAAUCCUAGCUUUUGGUUUAUAUGGAUUACUCUUUGGUGGGACGAUUCCUCAUUACUUCUAUGAAUUUGUUGAAAGGAUUUUUCCUUAUGAGUCCACAGCAUUUCCUUUGGCGAAGAAACUAAUGUUUGAGAGACUUAUUUUCGCACCAUUCAUGCAAGCAUUUUCCUUAUACACACUCGCUAGAUUUGAGGGUAAAAAUCACAGUGCGGCUUUAAAACAGUUAAAAGCUCUAUACUUGACUGUAUUGGAAGCUAAUUGGAAAUGGUUGACACUGUUCCAAGUCAUUAACAUGGCAUUUAUACCACCUAUGCUCAGAGUUCUUUUUAUGAAUAUAGUCGGUUUUGGUUGGGCCAUGUUCAUCGCCUCAAAGAGAAGACAACAAAGUCAGAAGAAAUAAUUUUAUUUUUAAGUCUAAGGUGAUGGUCAAACAAAUUCGCUAAUCAAGUAUCAACAAUAUUGUUUAUAAAAUUUUUGAUAACCACUUUAACCUUUGUGUUGACACAAUUUAUUAUUGCUCUUUUAUUGUCAAGAAAUCUUCAUAUUUGGGUCACUAUAAUAUGUAGUUUACUUUACAUAUAAAUUUUUGUAUCAUCAAAAACAGUUUUCACAAAUGAAACAUUCCACAUUAUUUAUCUGUGGUGCUUUUAUUUUAAGGUUUAAAAUGAAAUGACAUUGUAAAUAUUUUAAUUAACCUUUAAAAUCUUAUAGGGAAUCUAAUAUUUUUUGAAUGUCAUAAGAUUUAUCAGUUAUAAUAAAAGUUGGGAAUUAUGUUAUGUAAAGAUAGCAAGCUAUUGUUUUCAUUAGUUCAUUGAGUCUGGCCCAUAUCUUCUUUAUUUGUCAGUGUAUCUCAAUAUGUUAAGGAAAUGGGAGCUGUCAAGACAUAUCACAAGUUUUUGUGGAUUACAUACCAUAAGUAAAAAAAAGAUAUAUAUUUUGCACUAUUUUUAUAUUUAUAAUAAAACACUCCUAAUGGGUA